UUUUCCCCAUGCCAUCGUAUCAGAAUCUCACUCUUCAGUGUUUGACAGAGGUUGCAGCACUUAAUUUUGGAGAUUUCUACAAUGCCCAGUACGUUAAGAUGUACACCAUAUUCAUGAAACUGUUACAGACCAUGAUUCCUCUUAAUACAAACAUUCCUGAGGCUUAUGCAAUUGGUUCCAGUGAAGAGCAGGCUUUUAUUCAGAAUUUGGCUUUGUUUUUCACUUCAAUUUAUAAGGCAAGUUUUUUUCUUUUUUCCCUUUAUACUUUCUUGAUCUUAGUAUUUACCACGUUUUGUUAUAUUUAUAUCUCAAUGGCCAUCCUCUUAUGGCUGUAAGUUAUGGUUCAUUUAGUUGUAGAACAGGCUUAAUGUGUCAAUAAGGCACUGCUUAAGGGAUUUAAUAAGAUAAUAUGGAAUCACAUUAUUUCCUUGUCAAAUAUCAAAGAUUUGAAGUUGCUGUUUAAAUACAUUGCAA